AUGACCGACUUUUUGAGGAAUUUGCCAAAGCCGAAGAGGAGGCCCUAUGAGUACGCCGAUGGGGAAGACGGCGGGAGUGGAGACGAUGGAAGUGGAGGUGGCGGAAAUGGAGGCGGCGGACGUGGAGACGGUGGAAGUGGAGUCGGCAGACGCAGAGCCGACGGGAAGAAAACCCUCGCAUGCAGAGACGACGGGAAGAACCAGUGCUACGAGUACCUGAAGAGGAGGUACCUGCGAAUCACCUGCAACGAGGACUUCCAGGGGGGAGGGGCCUACCCGGAGAUCCACGUGAAUCAGUACCCAAACAACAUGGGCCUCCCAGAAGCUGCGUCAGGCGGCGGGGGAAAAGGCACCAAGGGAAGCGUAGCGCUGAAGUAUCUGGACGAAAAUAACAACGUAAAAUAUGACAGCCUAAUAAACGAAGAUGUCCUGAUCUACAACAAGCACAUCGAAACGGUAGAAGCAAACGAAAGAAUCCAAAAGUUAAGAAAAAAAAAAAUCCUAUCAGAUGCAAAAGAUAGGGAGGAAAAAUUCACAGAACAGCUAGCCAUUUACAAACCAAAUGAAGAAGAAGAAAAAGAAAUCAUAAACAACACAAAAAAAAAUAUUGAGCAAAUGAUAAAUGAAAAGACAAAGAAAAGUGUGGCAACCAAAAAGGAGGAUAAAUUUUUUAGGUACAUCCCCCAGAAUAAGCUAAAUUCCCAUUUAGAGGAAAGAAUCAUCAAAGUGGUUCAUAAGACAGAGGACCCUUUAGAUGUGUCGAAAUUUAAACAUAAGAAAUUACCCAAUGUAAAGAACUCCCCGGACUACCCCUUGUUAAGGUCCCCUACUAGAAAAUUAAACAAAGAAGAGGAAGAAAAUUGGAAAAUACCCCCCUGUGUCUCCAACUGGAAAAACAACAAAGGGUAUAAUAUCCCCCUAGAUAAAAGAAUCCAAAGUGACAAUAAAAAACUAAACCAAGUGGAGGUAAACGAAAAGUUUGCUCAUCUAAGUGAGUACCUCUACGUCGCGGAGAAAAAAGCGAGAGAGGAAAUCAAAAUGAGGAACAGCAUUAUAAAGCAGAAAAAAUUAAAAGAAAAAGAAGAAAAGGAAAACGUUUUAAGAAACCUAGCCAUACAAGCAAGAAAGGAAAAAGGCCUCGCACAAACGAACAACUCCAUCAUCAACGAAAGAAAAAGAGAAAUCGAAAGAGAUUAUCGCAUCGAAAAGAAUCUCAAAAAAAUGAAAAACUACGAAAAUAGACUCAUAGAGGAGCAACUCGCCCUCAACAAAGUUAAUGUGAGUAAAAACAGCAACAUACAUGACGUUAGCCUCUUCAAUAUAAGUAGCCAAAAUGACGAUGGGAAGAAUCUACCCCCUCCAAACGACGAUGACUUGUACCAGAUCUACGACACUUCUCUGUUUAACCCCAAACAGAGCAACAACAUUUAUAAAUUCUCCAACGAGCGCGUGAGGAAAACGCUGCAGAAGAUGGAGACCACGCAGGGCGCCGCCGAGCCCGUCAAGUUCGUCAAGGACGUCUCCGACCCCUUCGGCCUGGACAGCCUGCUCUCCCAGGCCAAGCAGAAGUAG